CUAUCUCCAUAUAUAACAAAUCUAUCUCCGUAACAAAUCUAUCGCCGUGGUUCCGCUCCUCCGAAACACGUUCAUCGCCGACGGGGAAGUAGUGAAGAGAGAACCGGCGAUGUGGAGGAGGCUCGGCAUGGCCGGAAGCCACGGAGGAGCGCAGGCCGCCAGAUCAUCGUUGCCGCCGGCCGCCACCACUCCCAGCACCCGAUCCCCACCAUUGCCGAAUAUUACCAUGGUGCUUGAUGACGAUGACCUUCUCCGUGAGAUCCUGGUUCGUCUAGUCUUCCCUGCCAGCCUCGUCCAUGCCGCCCUCGUGUGCAAGCGCUGGCUCAACAUCACCUCUGACCCCGCCUUACUUCACCGCUUCCGCAAUCUCCACCCACCUCUCCUUGGCAUCUACCUGAAAUGUUGGAAAUUCUCGCUCCCAAAGUUCAUGGUGAUGCCUCACAUCCAGGGGCUUGACACCAUGAUCUGCCGCGCCAGAUCGGCCUUCGAUGCCUACUCUGAUACGUGGGGUGUCCUUUAUGGUUCUCAGAACGGUUGUCUUCUCGGCAGAUUUCAUCGGCUCAAUAGUACUACAGAUGUUCUACUCAAUCCGUUGAACCUUGAGAAUGGAAAGAAUGCUGGUGUCAAGCUGCACGCAAUCGGGGACAAUGCGGAGGUCGUAUUCUUGGAGAUAUGCAGCGCUGUCAUCUACUUGGACAUUGCGAGAAGGGUAGCAGAGAAGGUGUACACGUUGGCGCCGGGUGACGGAGACAUUUAUAAGAUCCAUCCUUUUACCAUGAUCUGGCCUCCUACUUUUCCCUGCCCUCAGAUCAGGACUAGACCAAAAGGAAUGGUGCAGCCAGAGAGAGCCCCAACCAAUGCCAACCAACAGGAGAAUGAGCUAGCUCUCCUGACCAACCAUGAUGACGAAGUGCUUUCAACUCCCCCAGGCGACUGGGAGAAGCCUCCACUUUGAGGUCCUCCGUCGAGUACUAGACUAGAUGGCUUGCCAACAUCCCCGUCGUUCCUCCAGGGCGUGCGAACCUGAAGUGCAUCCAUGGUACAUGUGUGAUAUAGGAAAUGCUGGCUCCUUCAGGGCAGGCACAUCCCCGUCAUCUCAAGGACCAGAGGAGGAUGACGAAGAUGAUGCACAGUGCAAUUCUGCAAAUCAAUCUUCCUCUAGUUUUAGCUGAAAGGGACUACACAUUUUAUUGAUCGACAUUGCUGAUUGCUCAUGAUGAUUACUUCUUGUUGUGCAAAAUGGAAUUUCGAGGGAAGUAAUCUCGCUUUUAAUUUUAUGGAAUAUCGCUGGCUUUCUUUCUUUUAUGUUUAUCCGUCACUUUUGAUCGUUCAUAAGUAAUCUUUAUUACGUGUACUGCUCUUUCUUUUGUUUCUUUCUGAAUCUUAAUUAGGUGUACUAGUAGUUUU